AUGCCUCGCGUACGCGGCAACCGGCCCGCCCCAAGCUUCCCCUGGGCGGAGCUCAAGCAUGUGACGGGACGCAUUGGAAGGUAUUUUAAAUACCACACCAUUGGCCGCGACCAACGCCUCCUUCGCAAGCUGCCAAUCAUCUCUUGGCCGUUCAACCGUGCCCGCGUCCUCGCCCACGCCCUCGCCCGUGCUCGCAACCGCCGCAACCGCCGUGCCCGUAGGGAAGCCCGCGAAGCAGCGAACAACAACAGCAACAACGACGGCAACAGGGAGACUUCGCCUUCUCCGCCACGCGCCCCCUCUCCCGCCCGACACUCCGAAAAUGGAGGCACCGCUCAGCGGUCCAGCCCCAACAGCUCGCCAAGCGCGCAGCUGCUCUUUGAGCAGGCUCAACGACCACCGCCAGCAGCAGCAGCACCACCACCACCACCACCACCACCACAGCAGCGAGCUUCUCGUCGCAACAUCCGUUUGCUUGCCGAGGUAGAUGAGGACAACGUUGUGCAUGGCCGCCGCGUCCGGCGCCAGACAGAGCGCUAUAGCUAG